AUGUCUGCACCUGCUAAAAAAGGUUCUACAGGAGCUACGGAGAAAGAUUUAAUGCUCGACAAAGACGUGGAAAAGGAUACAUGGAACUUUAAGUCAAUGACAGAUGAUGAUCCAAUGGAUCUUGUGUUUGGGUCACCAGUAAAUAAAGAUAAGAAAAAGGAUACCUUCAAGCUGGAUAUGGAUUUCGACCUAGGUGGAGAUUUUGGAAAUUUCAACAUGGACAUGCCAGACUUUGAUUUCUCAAGCCCUGCCAAGAAAACCACAAAAGGGAAACAGAGCUCCGAUGAUAGUGGAAAUCUAAAACAGAAAAAGAAACCGUUUGCCUUCUCCUAUGAUUUUGAUGCGUUAAGCGACUUUGAUCCUGUUUCAAGCCCACUGAAGAAGGGAAACGAGACUACGACCAAGUCCAUGGAUUCCGGAGAAUUUGCUGCUACAAAAAAAUUUGAUAAGUCUGACUCUUUUGACUUUGGUCCAGACUUUCCAACAACUAGACAAGCUGUCUCCCGGGCAAAUACAGAUGUCAAGGCAAAUGCUUCAGCUGAAAAAGAGAACCCAAAUUCCAAGGCUACAGAUAGUAUGAGCAGCACACAUUCGAAGCAAGCUGAUAGUAAUAGCAGCACACACUCGAAGCAAGCUGCACUAGAGAGCAAAGAAAAUUUUGAGGAGGUGGAAUCACCUCAACGUCUAAGGAUGAGAACCUCAGGAGUUCCUACGAUGCGUGUACAACCUCAGCCUUCCAACAUUUCACCAUUGAGGGAAUCAUAUUCAAAGGUUGAAGAAAAUAAUAAACCAUGUCUUUCAAAUGAGACAGCAGCACCCUCGCCUUUACAUUCUUCUGAGACUGCACAUACUGCAGCAAGUAGAGAAACCAGUCCAGGUAUCCAUGAAAUCUGCAGCUCUGGCACGAAAGAAGAUUCUCCUAGAGAUCCAGAAGAGAAUGCCAGCUAUAAAAUGAUUUCCGCUACGAAAUCAAGCUAUGAGAAGACUGAACCAAACACCUCAUCUCAGUCAUGUUUGGACAAGAUCAAACAUCAACAAGCUGAGAUGGAUACAGACACUCCGGCAGAAAUACAGGAUUACACUAGAAGAACAUUAUGUGAUCCAGAUCCCGGUCUUUCUCAACCAACUCUCUCAAGAAAAGUACCACCAGGCACUCGACGAGGCCAAACUGCCCAGGUACAAGAUUCGAGUUCAAAGCUGCCACAGGCUCCAUCCGACAGUGUGCCCAGGCUUAGUGAUCUGAAGACCAUGCAAAACAAAGACUCAGGACAUAUCAGAUCAAUGUUUUUUAAGAAGAUAGAAAAGCCACAAUCACAUGUGCUUGAGUCUCCAAAUCAAACCGAGAUUAGGCCAGUUACCCAUGAAAGGAUCGGGUCGAACUUGAAGUCUACAAUUGAUAAAAGACAUGAUACUGAAGAUGCUUUACCUGGAUCCAAAACUAGAACAGUUCCAUUUGAGCUUGCCAAAACGGAUGCCGAAACAGCACAUGUGAGUGCUAACAGUUCCCAUGAAAAGAUAAUCCAGAAGGGCCACUCAGGUACCGGGACAGCUAUGGAUCACUUAAAGCUGCUAGCCACAAAUACAACCAGAGAGAAGUCCAACUUACAGGGCAAUAUAAACUCAAAACCCGAUGCUUCUAGCUUGUCUCAGAAGCUAAAAAAAAGUUUGAGUUCUGGAGGCGAAUCUUUGCAGAAGUCCAAAAUGGUAUCGCUUGAAAGGCCUAAACUUGGAAAUAUUAUGUCUGAUCUGCGUGCAGCAACUCAAAGGAACGUUGGAGGAAACAAAGACCAAUCCAGUUCUGCAGUGCAACCAGAAGUUCGCUCUUCCAUAAGCACGGAUAGAAACACCGAAGCGCCAGUUAAAAAAAUCUCUGAGAUUCAUCAGCUGGCUCCCAGAGACAAAACACAAACUCUGCACUUGCCACCUUCUUUAAAGCGUAAAGCCCUCAAUGAGGAUGCGGAUAGAUCCUUGAUGCCACAACUUAAACGCUUUUCCAUGUCUCCAAAAGAAAACAGGAACGUUGACGAGCUAACACACACAGUUGGGCAAGUAAAGGUCACAAGCCCAUUGAGUAAACUAGAUAACAAUACAACCAAGCAGCUUGUUAAGGAAAGCCCCCAGACUAAACCUCAUCCCCAGAUCAUGAACAUGGCAAAUAUGGAAAUCCCGAUCACGGAGUAUGAUGAAAACAUCGAGAAGGCUGAAUCAUAUACAAAAGAACUCGACAAUAUCUGCAACAUUCUGAAGAAGAAACAUGAGGAAGCGAAGGAGUUGCUUGUCCGUGCUGUAAAUUUCGCUGCUAAGUUGAGUUUAGGGGAGGCGUGA